GGGCAGAUGCAGUGCAAGGUCUACGACUCCCUGCUGGCCCUGCCGCAGGACCUGCAAGCCGCCCGCGCCAUGGUGGUUGUGGCCAUCGUCUUGGCCAUCCUGGGCACCCUGCUCGCCGUCGCCGGCGGCAAGUGCACCAACUGCGUGGAGGACGACACCGCCAAAGCCAAGGUCAUGAUCCUCUCCGGCGUCAUCUUCAUUGUCGCCGGCGUCCUCAUCCUCAUCCCCGUCUCCUGGUCGGCCAACACCAUCAUCCGGGACUUCUACAACCCGAUGGUCACUGACUCCCAGAAGCGGGACCUGGGGUCGUCCCUCUACGUGGGCUGGGCGGCCUCCGCGCUCCUGCUGCUGGGG